AUGCCUCCGAUCUUCUUGCUCAAGUUGGUCUCACAGCUGUCAGGUAGCAUCUACCCACUUGCGUACGACGUUCGAAUUACCCCUCAUGAUGGCUCUCUUCUUGAUGAUCCUACUCUUUACCGUCAACUUGUUGGGAGUUUGAUCUAUUUGACUGUCACUCGACCAGAUAUUGCUCAUGCAGUCCAUAUUGAGAGUCAGUUCAUGGCAGCUCCGAGGACCUCUCACCACUCUGUCGUCUUACAUAUUCUUCGUUAUGUGAAAGGUACUCUUCUGCAUGGCUUACAAUUCUCCUCUAACUCGUCUUUGACUCUCAGCGGUUACUCUGAUGCUGAUUGGGCUGGUGAUCCCAUCGAUCGACACUCGACCACUGGUUUCUGCUUCUUCCUGGGUGAUGCUCUCAUUUCUUGGCGCAGCAAAAAGCAAACUUUAGUUUCUCGCUCGAGUGCCGAGUCAGAGUAUCGUGCUCUUGGUGACUCUACUUCAGAACUUUUAUGGCUUCGACGGCUACUCACUGACCUUGGUGCCACUCAGCCAUCUUCUACGGCUCUUCACUUUGAUAGUCAGAGUGCUAUGAAGAUGGCUCAUAAUGAUACAUUCCACGAGCGCACUAAGCAUAUUGAGCUUGACUAUCACUUUAUUCGACAACAUGUUGUCAAUGGAGUAGUUUAUCUCAUUCCAGUAUCUUCUGAAGAUUAG